UAAAUAUUUAAUAUGCUUUAGUUGCCCUCUAAGCAAGUGAACAUGGAGAGUGUUAAAAUUCUUUUACUUGCGGCGAUCGCGUUGUUCAACUUGACCGGCAAAACCGAAUCAGCAACUGGUGCCUCAGACAACAAAAUCAUCUGCUACUACAACAGUCAUUCGUAUCACAGGCAAGGCAACGGCAAAUUCGACAUACCUUUUCUCGAACCAGCCCUUCAGUUCUGCACCCAUUUGAUUUAUGGAUAUGCGGGCAUCAAAGAGGAAAACUUCAAGAUUAGUCCGCUGGAUGAGACUCUCGACAUUAAUAAACAAAACUACAGACAAAUAACAGAACUGAAACGAAAAUAUCCCGGAUUAAGGGUGCUGCUUUCGGUUGGAGGUGGUAGUGACAUCUCUGGAGAGGGUAGCGAGAAAAAUUUAAAAUAUAGAACAUUGCUUGAAUCUGUAGAGAACCGUUUAGCCUUUGCCAAUUCAGCGCAAGACCUAGUGAAAAAUUAUGGAUUCGAUGGACUUGAUCUUGCCUGGGAAUUCCCAGAAACUAAACCAAAGAAGAUUCGUGGCAAGAUUUCCGGAUGGUUCUCAAACUUGAAGCACAAGAUUGUCGGCGAAUCGGUUGUAGACGAAAAGGCUGAAGAGCACAAAGAACAAUUCAUCGCCUUAGUUAGGGAAAUCAAGAAUUUGUUCAGACACAAUGGACUUCUCUUAUCUGUUUCGGUACUGCCGAAUGUCAACAGCACAGUUUACUUUGAUCCACGUCAAAUCAGCCAAAACGUGGACUUUGUGACCUUGCAAGCCUUCGACUAUAGAACUCCGGAAAGAAACCCCAAAGAACUAGACUAUCCGGCACCUUUGUACGAAGCUUUAGACAGAAAAUUUGACGAGAAUGCUGACUAUCAAGUACGAUAUUGGUUACAAGGUGGGAUUCCAGCUAACAAACUAGUCCUGGGUAUCCCUACUUACGGUAGAGCAUGGAAACUCGAUGAAGACUCUGGACUUACCGGAGUACCUCCCCUAACUACAGAUGGCGCUGCCGAACCAGGACAGUACUCAAACGAGGCGGGACUAUUGAGUUAUCCAGAAAUUUGCAACAAAAUUGCCACUCCUAAAGAAAUCCAAGCGGGGUAUCUUGGUAAACUUAGGAAAGUCAACGAUCCAACCAAACGAUAUGAACUAGACAAUCAAUUUUGGAACGUUACCGAUACUACUAAAAGAUACGGAUCUUACGCAUUCCGUCUUCCCGACAAAGAUGGCAAUAACGGCAUUUGGGUGGGUUUCGAGGAUCCAGACACCGUUGGAAACAAGGCCAGCUACGUUAAAGCCAAAGGUCUCGGCGGUAUAGCUCUGGUAGACAUCAGUUUGGACGAUUUCAGGGGAACGUGCACGUCAGACUUGUAUCCGUUGCUGAGAGCGGCUAAAUUUAGAUUGUAGUUAUUUUAAUUGAACGAUGCCAAUGUUAUAACUAAUAGAUUAUGUUAGCUAUUCUAAUAAGCUGUCCGUAUAUGCAUGAUAAAGCGUUCAACAAAGAUAGCUGAAAUUUUUUAUCGCCUUUGGGCUUAAAAUUUGCAGGUAUUUUUACUGCACGUUUUGUUCCCUUUUGGUCAUUUUAUAAUGUUUAUACUGUAUGUAUCUUUCUUGUUACCAAAUACUGUCAGACUAACACUCCAUUUUUAGUGUUUGUAUGAAUAAAAAUUUUAUUAAA